GACUUGACGGCCAAGUAAAAGCAAAACUGCGCCUCGGAGGCUGACUCUUGGCAAAAGCAAGCCUCUUCCUCCUCCUCGGCCUCGGGAACGAAAGAGCGCGACUGCUGGUCCUGGCACCCUCCUGGCCGCAGGAUGGGCUUCUUCUUCCUGCCCAGCCUUUCCUCGGAAACCUGGGUGCUAGUUCUCGUCUUCCUGGUCCUUCUGGGACUGUGAGUUCAACUCAGAGAACAGGGAGCGCGCACGGGCGGGCGGCGGUUGUUUCUCCGCGAUCGGCGGAACCUGCUGCUGCGGGAUUCCAGGAAGGAAAGGGCUGGCGAGAUGUUCGGGGAAGCGCUGUCGCCCGCGCUUAGCGCUCUGCCUUGCCCGCAGAAGGGCUCCGGGUUUAAGCCCCAGGAGCCUCUCCGGGGAAGACUUGGGCCAGGCGCCCUUUCUGAAACCCUGGAGAGCUCCUAGGGCCGCUCAGCGGGGACAGCGCUGAGCUGGACGGAGCAAUGGCCUCACUCGGCAGAAGUCGAAAUCAGCCCUUUGUUCAGAUCCUGAGGACUGGGAACUUGGCUUUUGGAGAGAAAGGCUGUAGUAGUUCAGGGGUAAGGGCACCUGCUUUGCAGGCAGAAGGCACCAAGGCUCAGUCCCCCGUGGCCUCUCCGGACGGGGCUGGGAGAUACCCCUGCCUGGAAUGCUGCCGGUCAGUGCCGACACUUCUAGACUGUGUGCUCUGACUUUAGUCUGUGGCAACUUCCUGCGUUUCAAAGGUGCCGUUUUGCCAAGCUGCUGUUAGCUGGGAAGGAAGAGGCUAAAAGCGAGAGAGGAGGCAAGCAGCUCUGGUACUUUUCCAGGGUCGCUGCAUAGAGCAGAGGGAUCUCUCUUCUUCCUCCACAUGUUUACAAAGGGCUCCCCACCUGGACGAGGCAGGCAGCUGUUCUGUAGGAGCAGCUUCCCCCGGCCCUGUAGUUCUGUGGCAGGAAAAGUGCUACCUGAUGAAUUUCUGCUGAGUCUGUAGCCUUCAGAGGUCAUUUAUGUUGGCUCUAAUCUAAUCUCUGUCCCAGGCUGUGCCCGAUGGAGGCGACGCCUGCUGCAGCUCCAAGGUGCAAGGGUCAAAAGUGAGAGUCGCGGCCCGGACACCCACCCCCAAGCCCUGCCCUGGUGCCACCACAGCCCGCCAGCAAGCAACCAGCUUCUUAGGCUAGCAAAAUAAAUAAAAAUGUAAAAUCUACAGUGUUCGAAAUGCCCUGUGUAUUUCGUGACUGGUGUGGGUCCAAUUUGAAACCACGUGGAGAUUUCUGGACGCCAGGUUGGCAACUGACCUCUUCACCUGGCUGGCCCCUGGCCUCCUUAAGCAGGGCAGCAGAAGAGCUCAUUUGUUGCAUUGAUUUUCCACCUUUUUCUCCAAAGAGUACAUGGUUGACCUCCCCUCCUCAGUUAAUCCCUACAACAGCCCUGCGAGGUAGGCCAAGAGGCUGUGACAGGCCCAAGGUCACCCAGUCAGCUUAUAGAUAUAUGGAACUGAAAUGUUUAAUAAAUAAUAAUAAUAAUAAUAAUAAUAAAUGGUGCUUAGACGUUCUGUUGUGGCGCCUGUAACCUUGGUUUUAAAGUGCUAUUUGGCAAUUAGCUUAUACAGUGGUACCUCAGGUUACGGACGCUUCAGGUUACAGACGCUUCAGGUUACAGACUUUGCUAACCCAGAAAUAGUACCUUAAGAACUUUACUUCAGGAUGAGAACAGAAAUCGCGCAGCGGCAGUGGGAGGCCCCAUUAGCUAAUGUGGUGCUUCAGGUUAAGAAUUGUUUCAGGUUAAGAACGGACCUCCAGAACGAAUUAAGUUCUUAACCAGAGGUACCACUGUAUUUCUGAGUUUCUAAAACUGGCAAUGCAGUCUGGCCAGGAGGUUGAAGGCUCACUCUGCCUCGCCUUUGCCAGGCUCAUAGGAAAGUAGCUCAAUAGUGUCUGCCCUGACUAACAGCAGUUCUGCAGGAUUUUAGGUAGGGCUCUUUCCCAGGCCUCCCUGGAACCAAGGUGGAUUUAGAGGAGAGUGUUUAGUUCAGUCACACUGGGUAUCGAGCCUUGGGGACGCUGCAACUAUUAUUUAGAAUGGGAGGCAAGAGGCAGGGGGCGCCCAAAUUUGAUGUCGCACAGGAUGCCUCUGAAAUUUGAGGCCUCUUGUGCACAAAUCCUGCUUGCAGUUUUGUUCUUCACUGGCUAGCAUGGAAGCCAGGAGGGCUGGAAGAAGAUGGAGACAGCCACCCGUCCAUCCUCAGCCAGGCUGCUCAUUCGUUCACCUGCAGGGAAUUCCUGGUUGCCUGUGGCUUCUGGGCGAGCAGAUAACUGCAAGGCCAGGUGGACUGGAAUAGCUUGUUUUUCAAACCACUUUUCUCAUUGACUUCUCUUUCACUGGUUGUCUUUCCAGCUAUGGGAUCUGGCCAUACAAUUUCUUUAAGAAGCUGGGAAUUCCUGGUCCAAGGCCUCUGCCCUUCAUCGGGACCUUUCUCGAAUACCGGAAAGUGAGUAUUCUGCAGCCAGUCUUGUGACAGUUGCCCUGGGAGGUAAUCAAAGGAUUGGGGGGGGGGGAGGGGAGAGAGUAGGUGACUUUGGAUGGGACAGGGAAUCUGUAGCUUGUAUGUGACUCCCUAUGUCCUGUACUGGUCAUUUUGGAGACAAACGAAAAACUUUUAAUACCAUGGGACAUUUUGAGAUUUACCCUCAGAAUUGCUUUUUUGAAUUGUUUUGUUAAAUGUGUGUUGUGAUUUUUGGUGUGUGUGUGUGAGUGUAGAUGGUUUUUCAAAUUAAAGUUUUGCAAUCACAUAUCCAACCUUCAUCCUAAAAACAAGAUUCCAUUUCCUCCUGCGUCUUCUACAAUAACCCAAAUCUUUUACAUCUCUAUUAAAUCCAAAAUUCACCAUUAAACUACAGUGUUAUUCCUACUAACAAUUUUAACUGUUUACAAUUAUUAUUAUGAUAGAUUAUAAAUCCCCCCCUCCUUAUUAAAAUUUUGGUAUUUCUGAUUUCUGAUUCUUCUGGUCAUUUUUUGCCAUUUCAGCAUAAUCCAUCAACUUAAUCUGCCAUUCUUCUCUGGUCAGGACCUUAUCAUCUUUCUAUCUCUGGGCCAAUAACAUCCACACAGAAAUUUUAUGUAUUAAAAAACUACACCCUUUUACUUUGUGUCAACCAACCUGCAAACAUUUGCAUUAAGGCAUGGUUUAGCAGUGUACUGUUAUGCUUACUGCCCCCCUUUCCCCAAGGUAUUAUGAAGCGCAAAGUAAUAAAAACAAACUAUUAAGAACAAUAAUAAAAAUGCCUCAAAACACAUGAAGGGCUUGGCCCAGCUUCUGCUUGACUGCUGCUUUACCACUAAAUAAGAGCAAAAGUCAACUACUUUUUUGGAUUGAUUCAGCACUAAAGAGUGGGUUUUUCCAGAGAAAGUAGCAGGGCAAAUGGAAAAAUCCCCAGGCCCCUGCCUAGGAAGCACGAGACAAGAAAAAGUGUGGACAAGCCCUUAGAACCAGCAAGCCCAAUCCAGUUUUUCCUGAGUCCUCAUCCUUGGCACCUUAGUUUCCAAACGUUUCUCUGAAUCGGAAGGCCUUAGGCUGCUGGCAAAAAGGUAGAAAAUAUAAAGCCAGUCUUACCUCUCCCUAGUACCUAGGGAGUACUCAAGGCUAAGCAGGGAUUCGAACUCAGGUCUCUGCAACCCAAGACCAGCAUUCAGUUCUGGCUGUCCGUGUUGACUAUGUCUACAUAUAGGAGAUUAUAUGGGUGUUUUCAAACAAGCUAUUUCCCAAGUGUAUUCUAGCAGUCAUGUUGUGGUGUGAACAGACGAGGAGGAUGAAUCACAUUCCUGUGGUGUGUUUGGGUGUGUUUGGGCUGCUUCUGAGACAAAGCAAAAUUCUUUACAGCCCCUAAGUCUGCCUUGCCCUUAAGACAGCACAGCUGCACUGAUGGGAGAUGCCUGUUUCUCUGACAACUGUUUUUUUAUCACUGCAGGGGAUUCUGGAUUUUGACCUGGAGUGUUUUCAGAAGUAUGGCAAAAUCUGGGGGUGAGUGUCCCGCAAAGGAGAACCGGGUGUGUGGGGAGGUUGGUCACUGGAGAAGGCAGGUGUGCCUGUUGCUUCCUGCAAAUUGUGGCCCAAGUGGAAGGUGUUCCUUGCUGCUAUAGAAUAAGAAUACAAUCCUGUGCUCAGGCAACCCACAUUUUGCAUACUGUACCUAUGAUACAGAUUGAGAAGGUGUGCAUGAUACACUAAGCAUAAUUUGCUCCGCAAACGUUUUCUGGUAGAAUUUAUUGUCCAGGUUUUGCUCAUCGUCAGAGUAGCAUUUGUCACCAACAGCUUGUCAUUUUAUUCCUCUGGCUCUUGGCUUCUGAGGUUUUAACAGGUAAUCAUUCCAAGCGUUGGCUAAAAGGCAGGGCUGGAGGAAGUGUAGCCCUCCAGGGGCUGUUUGGACUACAUGUCCCAUCAUCCCUGGCCAUCAGCCAUGCUGACUAUGGCUGAUGGGAGCUGGAGUCCAAUGACACCUGGAGAGCCACAGGUUUUCCACCAUUGCAGCUGGAGGUUAGGUAAAGAGUCCCAAUCUGACACCAAAAAAGAAUCCUGAUUACCUGUUAGGGUGGUGGUCUCUCCCAGUUGCAUAGCCACCUGCUGUGAAUGCUGUAGACCUCUGGAUUUCCUGCAUCUAACGGUGUCAGCCUAGAUGGUUUUUAGGGACCAGAUCCAGGGUUCAUUGUUCCUAGCUUCUUGCCACAAACCAAUUGUUGCAUCCAAGCAAAAUUUACAAAGAUUCUUCUUCUUCUUUCUGGGCAAUUAGAAUUUUUGACGGCCGGCAGCCCAUGAUGGCUAUUCUGGAUCCUGUCAUGAUCAAAACCAUCCUAGUGAAAGAAUUCUACACCCAUUUCACCAACCGUCGGGUAGGUAUCUGCUGGGGAACUGUCUCUGUCAAGAGAGAUGGGGAUGGAUUUUGAAUUCUUUUUAAAACUUAGACAGCAGCCUGGAUCUCACAGAAUGUGACGCCUUGCUUUGCUCAGCCAAACUGUGGCUUGCUCAGGCAUCAAAACUCAGCAGAGCAAAUUUACCAUGGUUUGGCAAACCCUGAUGUGAAGCCAUGGUUUGAUGUUGGGCUACAAACUGUGGCUUGCUUUAUCUAUGGUUUGCUGUUUAUGUCCAAACCCAACACCCUCCCUUAAUGGUGGUGUAUUUUGCCACCCCAGGCCAGACAUUUGGCAAGGUAUAGAGAUGUGAGCUAUGAGCAGCUAGAAAACAAAACCACUCCCAUGACUGAGCAAUUCUCAAUAGGGCUUUUUCUGAAGGAAGCUCUUUCCCACGCUGUGACUGUUUUGUAAGGAGUGGGGGAAAUUUAAAGGGACCAUCGUUCUGCAAUGCUUUCUGACCAAGCUCUGAAUUCAUAGCUAUCAAUGUUUCCCUUUUUUAAAAGGGAGAUUCCCUUAUUUCGAAUAGGAUUCCUCGCAAGAAAAGGGAAAAUUUGACAGCUAUGGCUCUGAUCCACUGAUAUCUGGCCACCCUACUUUCUAAACCUACUUGCAGUGCUAUAAUUAGGUUUUCGGGGGGGGGGCAGUGCUGACCUUUCAAACUACGCACUCAUAUCUGUUUCUCAUAAAAGGAAAAGAUAAGCUGGCAGAAGUCUGUUGCCCCAUUCAAGGUGGCAGGAAAGCGUUAAGAAAUUCUAAGAUAAAGAGUGCAUUUGGCAGGCAUGUGGCAAAGGAAUGGGGAAGCCAGCCAGAUUCCCCCAAAAUAUUUUCCUUUUCAGCUUGCACAGUCAGCCAGAGUUCAGGUGAUGUGGUGAGGCAGUGCCAAUCCUUGGGUGUCAUGGUUUGGGGGGAUAUCAGACAGGGGGUGAAGUGUUGGGGUGGAGGACAGGGAACAAACCAAGCUUUGGGUAAGUAAACCAUGUUUCCCUCCCCCAUCUGUGAGGUGGAUCUUGGUUAGUUCAAACAAACCAUGGCUUGGCACUUUGUUCGAAUGCAGUCAAUCUCUACGUUUGUACAAAAAAAAAAAAAAAGAGUGUUUGGUGGUGACAGCUGCAACUCACUCCCAGUAUUGAUUUCUUGGACUGCUUAGGACUUUGGUUUGAAUGGAGAACUGGACACCUCAAUAAUCACAGUCCCAGAUGAGCAAUGGAAGCGGAUUCGCACCGUCCUCUCGCCCACCUUCACCAGCGGGAGGCUGAAGGAAGUAAGUCUUCAGACCGACCCAUCUCUGAUGCCAUGUUGCCUAAGAGGAAUUUGGGUAGAUCACUGCCAGUCUUUAACUCUGUGAGUAGAUCGCAGUCUCUUGGGAUCUGGCCACCCCUGAUUUUAUUCCAACUCCCUGCAAUGCAGGAAUCCUGCCCACGGCCAUAAUGAGUUUCCCUGCCCUCCAGAAACUGUUUUCACACCGCCUUGUCUGCAAGGGAAGUUACAUGUGUCGCAAAGGAUUCUGGGUUAUAUUUUGGGGGCUGCUUCCAAAUACCAGCUGCUGGAAGCCAUGGGAGCGGGGAGGGUUCUUGCGUUCGAAUCCUGCUUGCCAGAUUCCUACAGGCAUUUGGUCGGCCACUGUGAGGACCGGAUGCUGGACUAGGUGAGCCAUUGGCCUGAUCCUGCAGGCUCUUCUUCUGUUCUGGGGUCCAUAAUUGUUGACCCUAGGACUGUUAGCCUGGAUGGUAAGGAGCAAGGAAUGAGAGAGAGCAGGGCCCCCCAUCCUCCUCACUCCCUGAGAGCCCUACCUGCCCUCGGUGUCACCUUCUCAGGGCAGGACGCUGAAGGGAGUGAGCAGAACCAGGAGUUGCUGACCGUGCCAUGGCAGCCAGAGAGCUUCAAAUCCAGGAUUGCUGGAGCUCAAGCCUGAAGGGGACUCAGGAUUGUGAUUAGGCCACUCCCUUCGAGGGACUGGGGGGGCACUGGAGUGCCUCUUAUGUGGGUUGAAAUAUGUGAGGGUACACCCAAGGAUUGAGUGGGGUGAGUUGAACUUUUGACUGAUUUGAACAAAAUGAACCCAACCUGGGUGAGUGUGAUGGCCUGGGACUCAGGCUCGGACUCGGAACCGGAGGAGUCUUGGUCCGCACCGGAUCCUCUGCCUCAGGCGGCAUCUGAACCGAGUCUGGAGCCUGAUUCUGAAGAGCCCCAGUCUGUAUAGAUUCCCCUGCAACAAGCACCAGCUGGGCCAAGUCAGGGGCCUGAGCCUGCCCUGGCUCCAGAUGCGGGGAUGACCUUGUUGCCUUCAGCUGGGCCAUCACUUACAGCUGCUCCACUACCGUUGGGUCAGGGGAGGCUGAGGCGGCCUCUGGGUCUAGUAACCCACCAACGUCUCCCGAGCUGCAGAGACUGAGGUCUGAGAGAAGGAGAGACCUGAGUACUCGCAGGAGGAGUGCUCGCCUUCAGGCGAGACAGGGAGGUGAGUCACCGGGGGAUCAGAACCGGCUGUUACCCCGUGAGAGAUAAAACACUGUUGGACCCUGCCCCAGGUUGCAGGAGCAACAUUGCUGUUUGCCAAAACCUGCCUGAGACCCUGUGCCUGACCCAGCCUGGUUUCCUGCCUUGACCCUGUUGGACUGACUCCUCGUGGAAUCCUUGGAUUCGGGACCAGACCUGGACCGUGUUGUUCGGGUUAACCCCCUGGCACAGCACAGUGAGCUUGAGAAUGCACCCCCAGAAGAAAACCUCUCCCGCUCCUUGUGGGUGUCUUCUCCAGGGCCAGUCUCUUGACAUUGUGAAGUGGCCAAUCCAAACUGCUGCUUGUUCUAUAGCUCCAUUUUAAUGGGGUCUCUACCACCAUUCAGGUUUUUCUCUGCAUUUCCAGAUGCUCCCCAUCAUCAACCGAUACGGAGGAAUGCUGGCGAAGAACGUCCAAAAGAAAUCAGACAACGAUGAACCCAUGGACAUGAAAGAGUGAGUUAUUUCUUGGGGGGCUGUUGCGGGGAAAGGAGCCCAUAUUAGAACCAAAAUGAAUUCCAGGAAACUUCCAGGAGGAAUUCUGAGUACAGUCAUACCUCUUGUUACGUUUGCUUCAUGAUACGUUUUUUCAGGUUGUGUCCCGUAGCGACCUGGAAGUACCGGAAAAGGUUACUUCCGGGUUUCGCCACUUGCGCAUGUGCAGAUGCACAAAAUGACGUCAUGCACAUGCGCAUAAGCAGCGAUUCAUGACCUGUGCCUGCACAGAUGUGCAGACGCGGGUUGCGUUCCUUUCAGGUUGCGAACGGGGCUCUGGAACGGAUCCCAUUCGCAACCAAGGUACCACUGUAUUGACACAUUUUGCAGAAUUACAAGGUUGAGUGUUUUCUGGAGUGUCUCACUGCAGAGUUCAGCAGGAGUUUCAUCCCUGUAUGGAAAAGCUGCGUAUUCCUGCACUGCAGGGGUCAGGCUAUAAGAUCAUCAGGAUGCCUUCCAACUCUUCAGUUCUAUGAGUCUAUGGAAUACAUGAUUGAAUACAUCUCCCAUGUAAAGAACAAAACAAAUUUCUAUAGGAAAAAACCUAGAGAAAAUAAUGCAAACAAAAAGUUAUAUAUAUUCUUAGAAUAUAUACACACAUUGUGGGGAAGUAAUGCAAACAAAAAGUUAGCCUCCAGUUCAGCUUCUGCUGUUUUUAGUCCCAGAAAGGAAUGAGUACGAUGAUAUUGCAGCGGAGCAUUGUUCUUUAUUUAAUUUUUUUAAGUGUAUGUUUUGAAAUAUUAAGUAUGUGGUUGCUAAAUAUGUUUUAAUUGACACAUUUUACUAUGAAAAGAAAUCCAUGGGAAGUCAUAAUUGCAUUUAACAAACCUAUUAAACAGAAACAGCAUAAUGAAGAAAGUUAAUGAUGUACGAUUUCCCCCACCAUUAUGGAAUCUUAAAAAUAAACAUGUAAUUUUUAGAUGAAGUCUUGUACAGGCUUGAGAUGUAUCCAAUAAAAAGAGCUGAUUCACGGGCCAGGAAGGCCUGAGCUCAUGCGGAUCACGUAGCUGAGUUUAAAGUCCUUGCAAGAUUCAUUGUGUGCUUCUUUCUGCUGAGGGUCUUCUCUGGGAGAACUUCAUGUGACCAACAGCCAUCACAUUUCAUGCGUGUUUCUUUCCUGCUUCCCUUUCCCACAGUAUCUUUGGCGCCUACAGCAUGGACGUUGUGACCAGCACCUCGUUCAGCGUUGACAUCGAUUCCAUGAACAACCCCAACGAUCCUUUCGUCAAGAACAUCAAGAAGUUCCUCAAGUUCAGUUUUCUGAGUCCAUUGGUGAUUCUGAUAGGUAAGAGACACUUGUCUGCUAAAGUGGGCAGGCAGAGAGGUUGGGGAGAGGACCUUUUCCACCUGGUGCACCGCAUACCUUCAGGGGCAGGCUUCCAGGGGAUCUCUUGCAUUUAGUGGGAACAAGGAACCAAGCAAUGGUCACGGCAUGGCUUUGCACAGUAGGCUAAAUCCCAGUGAUGCAGAAGUCAGACAAAAGCCAGAAGCAAGAAGCAGGGCUAGGAUUUAUUGUUGCAGCAGUAAAUGCAGAAAACUAAUGUGCUUGUAUCUUCCUGGAUCUAGUUGCACUGGCUCCCAGUAGAGUAUAGGGUCAGGUUCAAGGUCUUGACCUUUAAAGCCCUUUGUGGCUUAGGGCGGGGGUAUGCCCCACAGAGGACCUUAAGGUCCAUGAAUAACCAUAGUUUAGAGGUCCUGGGCCCUAAGGAAGUCAGACUAUCCUCCACCAGGGCCAGGGCCUUUUCAGUAAUGGCUUCGACCUGAAGGCAAUCUCUGUCCCAGGAGACUAGGGCCCUGCAGGAUUUAACCCCCUUCCGUUAGGCCUGUAAGACAGAGCUAUUCCACCUGGCCUUUAAUUUGAAUUCAACCUGAUCUUUUAUUUCCCUUCUCUUCCCUCCCCCUCCACUUUUAUGAAGAUCACCCGCUCUGAGACCCCACAGCUAAUUCUCCCCUGGCCUCCACACUGGCCCAAGUAGGACUAAUUCAGCCAGCUAGCCCUGGGGAUUAUCUAAUGCUUAUUUCCCCUAAAUUGAUUUCUGAAUUUUGAAUUUUAUUGUGGUUCAUGUUUUUAUACUGUAUUUUAUGCUGCUUUUACAAUUGUUUUAAAUUUGUUGUUAGCUGCCCUGAGCCCGGUUUUUGAACCAGGAAGGGCGGGGUAUAAAUAAAAAUGUAUUAUUAUUAUUAUUAUCUAUAAUGUGUGCUUAUAAAGAGUUUAGGUUUGCAGGGCUGAAACCGCAUGGAAAGGGUGUUUGCACAGAAAACUUUGCCAUGUGGUUGCCAGGUCUCAGGCUCUCUACCUGAACUGUCCAGGUUUCAGCUUCUACCUAAAAAUCUCCGGGGAAAUGAGUUCUGUCUCUUGAAGAAGCAAAGAGAGAGGCAACUUUGGUCCAUCGUAUUCCUAGCUUUUCUGUCUCUCAAGAAGAGCUUGGCAAGAUUCCUUGACUGCGUGUUCUUAUUAGACUGCUGCUUCGUUGUAUCCUCCCAAAACGCUGUUCUGUUUUUCUCUCUUCCAGUCGUCUUCCCGUUCCUCACACCGCUGCUGAAUAAACUAAACUUCAACCUGUCAUCUACCGCCUUCCUAAACUUCUUUACUAAUGCUGUCACAAAAAUCAAGAAGGACCGUCAAAAGAACCAGCACACGGUCAGUGUGGCCCCUUCCUGAACAUCGCAUGUGGAAGGUCGGGUGCGUGAUUGACACUCCGUUCUCUCCUGCUAACCCUUGCCUCUGUCUCUGUUCCCUUGCAGGACAGAGUUGACUUUCUGCAGCUCAUGGUGGACUCCCAGAUCUCAGGCAACGUCUCCAAUGAAGCAAGUUCCUAUAAAGGUAAAUAGACAGGUGGCACCUCCAAACAGUGGCUGUGUUUUGUGCUACGGCUUGAAGGGUGUUUUCUUUGCUCUGACAUAUCAGGGCUGUACUCCCUGUUUUGGGAUUCCACCUGUACAGAGAUCCUUGACAUUUCUGGCCAACGCCUAGAAAAAGCUAGUGAAGUAGCUCUGCUGAAGUUCAUUCAAGGUGAAAACCUGAAUGUUCACUUUAAAACCAUUCAUUGUGUAUUUCCUGGUAGCAGGGAUUGCUAGGUUUCAGAAGGGAGUAGAAGUGCCAUUGCAUACAUACAUACUAACAGAGCAAACCUAAGCAUAACCUGGUUUCUCUGCCUUGGCUCCAGGGAGGCUAAAAAGGUUAUGCAGCCUGAAUUGUGCUGGGCUUUGGGAAGCUGCCAAAGGGUGACCCCUAAGGGACCUGACCCUUUGGGAUAUGCAACUGGAUUUUGGAAUACUGCCUGGGAGCUGAGAAUACGAUGCUUCACACUUUCAUCAUCAUUUUUUUAUUUUUGUAUGCUGCCUUUCCACAGUUAAAAAAACAAUGCUCAAGGUGGCUUACACCAUAACAAGAUUUACAUAAUUACAAAAAUCAUAAACAAUAAAUAUUUUUAUUUAUUUAUUCAAAAUUAUAACAAGACAUAUUAUCCAAAAACAUAUCAUCCUUGUUUUCCCCCUCAUUUUUCCUCCCUCCCCCCUCCCACACAAACCCCCACCCCACCCCACCCCCCAACUUCCCUCAGUUCCUGUCUUUGGUUUCUCUAAGAAUGCUGUUUUCUGCAUGUUACACAGUUGUAUAGAUCCUCAAACUAUUUAGCUGAUUAUUAUCAAUAAAAAGUUUGUGAAUGUUUAUUCAAAACCUGCCAAGGAGUCCAGUUUGCUUUGUUGCAUCUUCAGAUAUUUUGUAAAGGGUUCCCAUUCAUCCUUAAAGUCACAGUUAUCCUUGUCAUGUAGCUUAUAUGUCAGUUUUGCCAGUUCUGCAUAGUCUGCAUUUUUCUUGCCAUGAUUCUUUAGUUGGGGUUUCUUCAGUCUUCCAUCCUUGUGCUACCAGAACUCUCGCGGCCGUUGUCGCAUACAUGAAGAUGUUUUUCAACUUUUUUGGCAGGUCUUUCCCUACAAUCCCCAACAAAAAUGCCUCGGGUUUUUAAACAAAUGUUAAAUGGAACAUUUUCUUCAAUUUGUUGUAUAUCAUUUCCCAAAAUCAUAAACAAUAAAUAAACCACAUCAAAAAAAUGCACAACCAAAUGGGAAACAAUUUCCACAUAAAUCAAAAUCCAAAACCAAGAAUACAGCAUUAAUACCACAGUUUAAAAUGACAUAGGUAAAAAAUAACAGCAAUUUAAACAAAAAACAAAAGAAAAUGGAGCCCUUUCUGCCCAGCAGCAGCAGUGGCAGCAGUCCUUUAUAGAGCCCAUCAGGCCCAGGCCAAGUGUUGAGUGGCAGGAUUGGGGCCCUCAGGUGCUGAGCAGGAGAGUCCUCCUGGGUGGUAGCCGCAGCAGCAGUCUUUAUAGCCUGUCAGGACUAUAUGUCGUUUAGCUAACUAGUUACCUAAACGACAACUAGGAGAGAUAGUUAUAAGACAUGGGGGGUGGGGGAUGGGUGCAUAUUGUGCCUUUGGGACUGGAGAAGUAGGAGUAGAUGUAUUUUGAAAUGGAUUGAAAUGAGGCCGCAAGUGAUUUUGAGACAAGUACCACAUCCUGAAUAGUAAGACUGUUGAUCCCACCCUGAUUUUUACUGACAGCUUGUUUGUAGUGUUGAGAUGAAGUUGUGUUUUCCCUCCUUGUUUGCUUUCUUCUGCAGCUCUGACGGACAGGGAGAUUAUGGCCCAGGCCAUUGUAUUUAUUUUUGCUGGUUACGAGACCACCAGCACCACUCUCAGCUUCUUGUCCUACUGCCUGGCCACCCACCCAGAUGUGCAGCAGAAGCUGCAGGAGGAGAUUGAUGAAGCUCUUCCCAACCAGGUAAGAGCCUCUGUUUUGGUCUCCAAGGAUGAUGCUCAUCAGGUCUGUCUGAUGAUAAAUGCUUUGGCUUGGAGGGACAUAGGCAAGCAUGGAGAAACCUGUCUCCUGGUGGCUUGUGGGACAGCCUCAAAAGCAUGAUGGCGGGUGGGAAAGCUGGUGGACUCUAGAUCCCAUCACCCCAGCCAGCAUGGCCAGUGGUGAUGGAUCAUGGGAGUUGUAGUCCAACAACAUUUGGAAUCCUUUGGGUUCCUCACCUCUGGUCUAGAAGGUUGACAUACCAGAAGUGGAAUGUGGGGAAAACAAAGAUGUUGAAGCCAUCAGAUAGAUUUCACUGGCAGUUUUCAUCCAAAUUCCCAGUAAUUGAGCAGGAUUGCAGUACAGUGGUACCUCGGGUUAAGUACUUAAUUCAUUCCGGAGGUCCGUUCUUAACCUGAAACUGUUCUUAACCUGAAGCACCCCUUUAGCUAAUGGGGCCUCCCACCGCUGUGCCACCGGAGCAUGAUUUCUGUUCUUAUUCUGAAGCAAAGUUCUUAACCCGAGGUACUAUUUCUGGGUUAGUGGAGUCUGUAACCUGAAGCGUCUGUAACCCGAGGUACCACUAUAGUGUUAAUUGACAAGAAUGGAGGUACUGGAAGUGCCACCACGAUUUGUGUUGGGCUUGCAUGGCUGCCACUCUGGACAAAGGUGGACAGGUUCAAGAGGGCGGAAACGCAUUCUGCUGCUUGGUAUAAAGAGAUCACAGGCGAACUGGGAAAGCAAAUCAAAGAAAACAAAGCAAUAAAAUCUGGUGGAAUUUAUGAAGGGGGCAAAUAGGAACUGCAGAACUGAAGACUGGAACUUAAUUUUCCUGAAUCCUGCCCUUAAUAAAUAUAUGUUUGCUAAAUAAUCCUACCUUUCCCAGCGGACUCCUCUAAGAAAGCUGUAAAAUUAGGGGUCUGGGAGUUCUCGACCAGAAAAAAACAAAGCAAAGUAUUUGUGUGCAAACCAAAUAGUAUAAAUUUGGGAGGGGGGUUAUAUUUGUUUGUUUAUCAAACAUGGAUUUUAUUUUUCAUCAGGGCCAGAAAUUUGGAGGGAUGGAAUUCAUGGAAAAUGGCUGGGCAGCAACUGGGUUCUGCUUCCCCUCCCUCCCUUUCAGCCAGGCCAGGCAGUCCGUGAGUGGCACUGGUGGGGAGUGUACCAUUAUGCCUCAUCCAGUAGUUUUUCUAAUUCAUGGAGGAGGAGAAGGCUACUGCAAUGAUCUCAGGCAGGCAAACAAGCCCCGAUAAGAAUUAAUGAGUCUCUGGCAGUUGUAUGGCAUGUUUAUUUACAAAUCACAUUGAGAGUGUGGUUCCGAGCCUGCCGCUCUUAGCAACGAGUCAGUCACUCUGAGGCUCUGCCCCUGUCACAACACGAAAGGCGCCAAAGUCCAGUCUGUCCUCUGUUGUACUUCUGUUGUAUUUUAACCCUUUCAGCUCUUCUGGUUUGGCGAGAAGGUGGGUGGGAAACCCCCCCCCUCUCAUAACAAGAGCCCUCUGAACGCUGUUUCUCUGCUGGUUGCAUAGCAACCCCCUUAAUGCCGUCCAUCUCUUCCCCUCCCCCUGUCUGCGAACUGUCUGUGUCUGGGAACUCUUGGUGAAGGGGGGGGAGCUAACCCCCUCCUUCAUUCUUUCAUCUCCAGAGUCAGACUUUGGCCCUCUCUGUACUGGCAAUCCUACAUCUCCAGAGCUUGACUCUGUUAGGAUAUUCCGUUCCACCUUAAAAGGAACAGGCAUGAUUGUUGUGUGUCACAUGCCUGUUUACAGUCUAGCACUGCUUGCUGGGAACUUCCGUUUUGUGUACAGCUUUUGCUUUAGCUGCUUGCUUGGACAUGAAAGGGAGAAGUUAUGUUUUUCCUUUGUCCUGAAUAAACUGUUUGUAAAUAUGCUUUACAUAUGCCUCUUUCUGCCCUUCUGUUGCGAAGAGUUUUUUGCUGAUUGGAGCGUGCUCCAGCUUCUGAAGAGUUCUGAAGCUGCGGGUCACUGUGCCAAGGACCGGAGAUUGCCCAGCUACCGGCCGGUGGGCUGGAGCCAGCUGGGGGCCUGCAAAUUGCCCCUGUUUCCUUGGACACAUCCCAAUAGACUCUUCCCACGCAUUCAAUUCAGUCAUGUCCCUGACAGCUACCAAUGGCUACCAGCCAUGACGGCUCUUCUCUGCCUCCACAGUCAGAGGCAGCAACGCUUCUGAAAACCAGUUGCAGGAAACCAUGAGAAGGAAGACGACUCUUGAGCUCAUCGUUCUGCUUGCUGCUUUCCCAGGGGCAUCUGGUCAGCCACUGUGACGAAGCUGAUGAUGAUGAUAAUUUAUUUAUACCCCGCCCAUCUGGAUACUGGACCAGAUGGGCCAUUGGCCUUAGGUUCCUGAUGUUUUAUUUCCCUCUUUUGCAGGCCACUCCCACCUACGAAACCGUCCUUCAGUUAGAGUAUCUGGACAUGGUGGUGAACGAAACGCUUCGGCUUUAUCCUCCGGGAGGGCGGAUCGAAAGGGUUUGCAAAAACACCGUGGAGAUCAAUGGAGUGACGAUCCCCAAAGGAACUGCGAUCAUGAUCCCUGCCUAUGUCUUGCAUCGUGACCCGGAACACUGGCCGGAACCGGAGGAGUUCAGACCUGAAAGGUGCAUUGCAAGGAAGGAGACUCUUCCUUCUCCCGAAAGCAGCUAAUAAGAAAUCCUGGCGACAGGAGCAGGAAACCCAAGAGUGGGUGUGAUUAUUGCAACACCUACACAAUGCAUUUAUCAUUGUUUGACAUCCGCUGUCCGCGCUGCCAUGCGGGGACUUUUUAUAACCUACACCCAUAAACUGUGCAUGGAAUUUAAUUAACUGUAUUGAGGGAAAUGACACCUAGAUGGUUUCAGCGACUGAAACAUUGGCCUGGUUUUAUGCCCAGCGGUUAAAAGAAGAGCUAUAGGGCAGCUGGUGCCAAGCCAUGAAAAUGCUUGCAGAAAAUGAAAGCCAAAAAGUGAUAUACUUCUUCCAAUGUUUGGGGAGGGGGAAUGAUUUAAUUCCUAUUGAUAAUGGGAAAAUAAUUUGUCCAUAUUUUGCAUUUACAUCACUGAAAAGGUUUACAUGUCCACAACAUACUUGCAAUACAGAAAAGAAGAUUAAAUUAUAUUUUCCUGGUGAUUUCAAAUGAGUUGAGCGUGAAAAUCUGAUUAAUAAGCAAGAUACAAUCCAGAUAGAAAAUGCUUAGCUGCCAUAUCAAAACCUAAAUAAUAAGUGACAUUUAAUCCAACCAAAGUGUUUAAUUGUGCUAUAAGCAUCUUUCCCCAACUUUCAUCCUUUCUCCCCAUUCAUCUCUAGUAUCUAAGCUGAAUUAGUAAUAUCUUAUUAUCAAGAAAGAGAAUCCUAUUUUCAUAACAUUUCUUGAAUCUCUAAUUUCUGCCUUCCUUCAUUGCUGCUGGAGCUGAGGCUGCAUGUAUACCGUGUUUUUGAAGCACAUUCGAAGCAGAUUCUCCCGUUCAAAGUAUUCUGGGUACAGCAGUUUGCUAAGGGCUGCUGGGAACUGCAACUCUUGGAAGGGGAAACUACAUUGCCCAGAAUUCUUUGCAGGGAAAACAUGUUUCAGAGUGUUUUAAAGCUACAGUAUGUAUGGAGCCUUAGCCACCUCCAUUCAUUUUGAUGGGAUCUAUUCAAAGGUAUGCAUAAUGACUGGUUACCGAACUCAAUUGGAGGGGAAGAGCCAUUUACACCACCUCGAGCUUUUUGCAGGAAAUGGGCAAGAUCAAUGUAAUAAUGAAGAAGAACAUGCCUGUUUAACCGGCCCAUGGACCCCCCACCACCUGCUCAGGGACUCCCGACGCCUGCUCAGUCAGCUCCUGUGCACCGCACUAAACCGUCGCAGAGCAGAGCAGGGACUGCCUUCCACGACGCUGGCCUGCUUCCCAUUGGCUGCUGGAACACCUGGAAGGAGCAUCAGAAAUAGCGUUUGCGCAUGUGUGCACACGCGCACUCCGGCCCACCACGGCGUCUGCGGGACCGUGUACCGGCCCAAGCCACAAAAACUUUGCUGACCCCUGAUCCAUAGCUUGGCCAAUCAAAUUCCCUCCAUAAUUUGAUUCUCAAGCCCCAGAUGGGGUCACUUGUCUCGCCCAGCAGUGGAGGAACAUUAGGUGUGUUUUGCUUCCAGUAUCCUUCCUCACCUCAUACUUCUCUCUUUUCCGAUCUGGAAACAGGUUCAGUAAAGAGAACAGGGAAGCCAUUGACCCGUAUGUCUUCCUGCCCUUCGGUGCGGGUCCACGGAACUGCAUAGGAAUGCGCUUCGCCCUCCUGGUCUUGAAAGUGGCGAUGGUGGUCUUGCUGCAACGAUUUUCCUUCCGUCCCUGCAAAGAGACUCCGGUAAGCCACAGCAUUCUGUCCGUUUUGCCUUAACGCAAGGCCAACUGCUCUAUUAGCACUGAAUUGUUUGCUAAAACCAGAUGGCUGUAUACAUUUUAUUUCCCCCUCCACACCUCAUUCCUGGGCCGGAGGAAUCACACCUGUCUCUGAGCACAGGUGUGAUGUGCUGACAAGGUCUCAAUCACGCUGUGGCAUUCUGCACUCAUGGCAGCUUCUGGAUAAAUUCAUCCCUGAAGUAACCAAUUAUUAUUAUAUUUAUUUUUAGCCUGCUUUUUUCCCCUGACAAGGGCUCAAGGCAUUUUGCAGAUAAAAUAGGAACAGCUAAGAAACAUUGGGAGGGGAAAUCCAAUCUUUUUUUUUUUUUUUAAAAAAGCAUUAAUAGAAUUAAAUCCAGCUAUAUAAAGAUAUAUUAAAACAUACACAUAAUUACAAUAAAAACAGCACAGCCUCUGCCAUUUCCUUAAAAAAAGUCAGUUCCCAAAUGGCUGUUGGAACAAGAAAGACUUCACAUGCUGGCAGAAGCACAGCAAGGAGGGAGCUUGUCUAGCUUCUUGAGGAAAGGAGUCUGAAGUGUGGGAAUGUUCAGGGAGGCAGGAGAGGAUAUAUUGUUUAUUAAUAUCCUUCCUAGUUUGCGCUAGCAAGUUCCUUUACUUAGCAGAGUUUCACAUUCCCCUUUUAAACGCACAGUGGAUAACUGGUUGCAGGCUUGUGUAAGCCUCUCACUAUUAGGUUCCUGGUAAGUUCUCUUAGAUCCCUCUUAAAAGAAUAAACACGCCACAAUCUUGUGUAAAGUAUAUAAAAGUAGUUUACUCACAUCAGAUCACAGAUGGAUCCCUGAAGGCAGACUUAGUUACAAAGUAUAUACAUGUGAAUCUAUCCCAUGUGGGGAUAACCCCAGUGUCCUCUGGAAGCCAACAGAGCAUCUCUAGCUAAAAAGCUGUUCCAACUAUGGAGGAAGUCAAAGAGAGAGAGUGUACAGCGUGCCUUGUCCUUUUGUUACCUUGACAGGUAAGGUCACGUCCACCUCUAGUCACAUGCAAAGAAUGUAUGUCCCAGCCAGGAGGAAACAGGAAGUUUUUGACUGGCUGGACCAAACAUUCCCCCACAUGUCCACUCUAGGAAAACAAGGAAUGUUGUACUUGACUGCUACUUAUGUAUCACAUCCCACACAAAGUUGCUUGGGAGGAGCCAACCCCAAGAAGGCCCUCUUCUUCAUCCCCACCUGUGAGGGUGGCGAGACCAAGAGAAAGGCUACCCCCAGAGAUCUCAGAGCCCAAGUAGAUUUGUAUGAGGGAGUGUGGUUUUUCAGAUCACUUGGACUUAAGCUGUGUAGGGUUCUAUAUAAGUCAUAAGCAGCACUGUUGAACCCAUAGAGUUGGAAGGGAUCCUGAACAUCAUCUAGUCCAGCCCCCCCCCCCCAAUGCAGGGAUGUGCAGCUGUCCCAUAGGAGGAUUGAACCUGUAACCAUGGCAUUAGCAACAUCAUGCUCUAACCAACUGAGCUAUCCGUUAUUCAAACCUGAUGUUCCUGAGUGCUUUUGAAAGGCAGCCCCAUGUAGAGAGUGUCGUGUGUGGAGGAAAACUUAAAAUACAUUGCAAAGUUCCCCAGAAAUAGACCAGAGGCAAUUGUAUCUCAUCCAGCAGAGCUUUACUGAUACUGAAGGCGAAUGAGCGUCAUGGUCACAAAUCCAAUACUUUCAGGAUUGGCACUGUCUGUAAGAAGUCCAGUUGCAGCAGACUGAACUUAAACUUCACAGUAACUUAUAAUAAGUCUAAACCUUAACAGUAUAGCAUACAGACCACCACACCAGAACAAAGAGAUAGAAAGAGAAAGUGAGUGAAACCCAGACUCCUCCUGGCGUGACUAUUAUAGUCAGCAUGACCUUGACAGAAAGGAUAACAGAACCAGUUUAAACCAACCGUACUCAGCUUCCCAGGAGUAGGCUAAACAUCAGAAACCUUCGGCCUGCUUCUUUCACAUAGAAAGAAACCUUCCAGAACACUCUUGAGCUAAGUAGAAUAGAAAAGAUCUCUAGACAUCAGAUCAAUACUUUCUGUACUAAGAAAUGCAAACUGACAGCAUUACAGUAAUCCAAACAGGAUGCAGUUAAGGCCUGUGUCCUUGUGGCCAACUCAGACAUCUCAAGGAACAGGCGCGAUUCAUGCACUUCUGUGGCCAGGCUUUCCUGGUCCAGCAACGGCCGUAGCGUUUGAUACGGCCAUAUUUGGACUACUGUGUCCAGUUCUGGUUGCCUCGCCUCAGAAAGGAGGUUGGCAAAGAUUUAGAAUGGGACCGCAGAAAUGAUCAGGGGAUGGAGUAAAUCUUUGAUGAAGAAAGUCUGCAGCAGUUAGGGCUUUCGCGUUUGGAGAAAAGAUGAGUUCGAGGCAAGAUGAUAGAAGUUUUUAAAAUUAUCCCUGGCAUGGAAAAAGGUUUUCCUUCCUCUCUCUUAACACUAGAACUCAUAGAUCAUGGGUAGGCAACCUAAGGCCCGGGGGCCGGAUCUGGCCCAAUUGCCUUCUAAAUCUGGCCCACGGACGGUCCAGGAAUCAGCAUGUUUUUACAUGACUAGAAUGUGUCCUUUUAUUUAAAAUGCAUCUCUGGGUUGUUUGUGGAGCAUAGGAAUUCGUCCAUUUUUUCCCUCCAAAAUAUAGUCUGCCCCCCCCCCCAAGGUCUGAGGGACAGUGGACCGGCCCCUUGCUGAAAAGGUUUGCUGACCCCUGUCAUAGACAUUUAUCAAGCCAAAUGCCAGAAGGUUCGGGACAGAUAAAGUCCUUGUUUAUGCAGCAGAGUUAAACUGUGGAACUCCCUCCUGCAGUGACGGCCACCAUCUUGGAUGCCUUUUAAAGAGGACUGGACAAAUUCAUGGAGGAGGAGAGGGCUAUUGACAGCUGUUAGCCACAAUGGCUAUGUCCUGCCUCCACAGUGAUGCUUCUGAAUCCGUUGCUGGAAACCAGCAAGAUCCUGCUUCCUGGUUUCCCACAGGCAUCUGAAUGGCUCUUCUCAUGCAGAAUGAUGUGUGUGUGAACUUUGCAGUUGCUUCUGCUGGACCUUCCCUGCUCCAUCCCACUUACUGGUCAUUUUUGCUUUCUUUUGAUGACAAAGAUCCCCAUGGAACUGGACAGCAAAGGGUUCAUGAAACCGAAAAAGCCCAACGUUCUGAAGCUGGUCCCCAGAGCCGUUGCUUCUCCAGAGGAAUAAAGGAAGGGGACACAGCAAAGAGGCAGAGACAGGCGCUACCUCCCUCUUUCCACACCGUGUUGCCUUCACCUCACUGAGGACUAGCGACUUGCGUUGACAGAACUGCGCAGAGGAAAUUGUGCCUUUUAUUUCUCAGAGUAUUACUGACUUGAUAAUCUGUUUACUUAAGCUUAUGUGGUAAGCCGCAGUGAAGACUGAAGACAUAUGCAAUUUUUAUGACCUUAUCUUUAGAUUUUAGAAGUUUGGGGGUUAUAUAUGCUGCUUCUUGGCCAAAGGUCAAGGUUUCAUAAUUUAAAAUCAUGGGAAGAAAGAAAUUGCAAUAUGUACUGUAGCAGUAGAUGUCAGUGUUUUCAGACUUGAGAUCCCAUUUUAACCUAAACAUGGAUUUGCAGGACGCAUUCCUUAAGGUUAUUUUGAUCAUGUAUUUGAAUGGUGGCCAUGUUGCAGUUGGGACCCACUUUAAAUCAGGCUGUGACCUUGUAGUGGAUCCCCACCCAUCAGUGAAAGGCAACCUCUAGCCUCCUGUGCAACUCUGCUGCCCAGGGCUGAGGUUUGCAAUGUUUUGGUAGCGUCCAACUGAGGCACUUUGUGGUUCUCCCACAUUUGCACCUCUGAGCCAGAAAAUCCCCCUCUCCCUUUUCCCCAGCUCCACUCCACUAAAUUCCCCAUCAUCUCCCCUACCUCUGUGACCCAAACAGGAAGACCCAUUCCCCACUCCCCAAGGCGAAGCACUGUAUUCUGUUACUUACCUCCCAUAUGUUGCCAAGAUCUUUAAGGCAGAGGUCUUCAACUUGGGUUGCUUUUGGAGGUGAGGGGAGACAUCCAGAUGACUCUCAGAGACAGGGCCUUCUUGGUGUUGGCCCCCUGUGUGUGUGCAGAACUCUUUCCAUGGAUCGAUCUGCCAAGCCCCAACACCACUGACCUUUCUGUGCCACCUUAAAACUCCACUUUUCUCUUAGAUGUCACAGGUUUAGAUUUUAUUGUUGAACACCUUUGCCAAUUUCCAGUGUGGCAGCACAUGUUUGAAUGUGGAUUUUUUUUUUGUGAUGCAUUAUGUCUGCUGCUGGACUGUUCAGUUUUCUGUGCCACCCAGAGGCCUUCUAUUCAUAAAUAUGCAUAGAUAUACAUAGACAUAUAUAACAUAAAUAAAUCUAUGGUUUGCAACAGUUCUUUUGGUGCCUGUGGCUGAGCGAUGGGUGGAUCUUGAGGUCAGUGUGCCCAGGGUGUGUGACAUGUGCUGGGUCCCUGAGUGUCAGACUUCGGAGAAUUGCUCCCCACCCCCAUUGACUGUGUAUCAGUGGAACAAAGCAGUUAGAGUCUCUUACCAGUUUAAGAAUGUUUAAUGAUCAGAGCAAAAGAACAACGCAGCCAUUCUCUGAAUAAAGGUGCUUCACUCCUACUCCCCCUCCCCAAGUUAUCUUCAUCACUUCCCCCUUCUUGCAACCUGAUCAUGCAAGCACUGAACCUUCUGCAUAGCAACCUUAUCAGCUGUCCUUGCCUUUGGAGAGAGAGGCUGGACAGUGUCAAGUGAAGCGGAGUCCGUUAUCUCUCUCUCUCGUCCUGUUCUGCUUCUUCUAGCUGUUCCCCACUCGGCUCUGCCCAGCUGUUGUUUUCCGAACUAUGCCCCUCUGCAAAACAAUUCUCUAAAUCUAUACCGCUCCACUGUUCCUGGGCAGCUUCAGGAUCCUGGUCAGGAGCAGGAAGAGGGGGAGGUUCCCACCAUUCCUCUUCAGAGCUGUAAUCCUCAGUCUGGUCUCUGACACUGAGCAUCGCUAGGGGUGCCUUGUGUCUACAUGCAGAGGGCUGGGUGGCCAGCAGGCAAUCCCAACUGUGCUGUUUCCAUCCAUCGGCCUGAGCUCUGAUGUAAAUCAGCGACCCGGACUUCAAGGGCCAGGGCACACUAUUAGCAGUGUAUUGCGUAUACAGAAUAGGCGUGAGGCUUGUGAAAUCAUACUAUAACUACAGAUUUAUUCAUCAUAAAUCAGGACAAAGAAACAUGUCGUCUCUCUCUCUCUCUAAUGUUGUCUCAGAGAGAACGGGAAAAGCAAAUGCUAUAUGCAAAUGGAAGUUCCCAGCAAGCUGUGCUGGAAUGUAAACAGACAUGUGACAUGCAACAAUUCCACACGUCUGUUCCUUUAGGUGGAACGGAAUUCUCAACACCUUGUGCCCCCCAUCGCCUAUUUGCUUGCACUCCCUGGCUGGCUAUUAUUUUAUUGUUGAUGUAUUGCUUUUCUAUUCUGCCUCUUUUUUCUCUCCCUCUUCAGUCCUCUCCUGGUCCUGGGAGACAGUGGAGCAGGAGAGGUGGGGCAGGCAGAGGCAAAGCAACCUGCUCCAGUACCCAGAGCGGUACUUGUCCCAGGGGGCGUGGUGCAUGCCCCAGGGGUGCUGCCGAUCGGUGGUCAGCAUGUUGUACCUUUUGAAUGGUACCCAGGGCGAACCACCGCCUCCCUCAGAAUGCCCCUGGAGGCAGGAGGAGGAGGCGUGGAUGUCCUUGACCAUGCAUAGGCAAACUCAGCCCUCCAGAUGUUUUGGGACUACAAUUCCCAUCAUCCAUGACCACUGGUCCUGUUAGCUCGGAAUGAUGGGAGUUGUAGUCCCAAAACAUCUGGAGGGCUGAGUUUGCCUAUGCCUGUCCUUGACCGGCCUGACCAAUCUCUCCCUGUCCCGCACCUGCACUUCACUCUCCAAUCCUUCAGCUUCUCCUGCCUCUCUCAUCUCCUGGCUUGCACAGGCUCUCCCAGAUCACUGAUCCCUUCUUCCAGGUCGUUCUCCAACCCACCCUUCUCC